CAGCGUCCAGAUGCUGGAAUUGUAGGUUAAAGGACAGAAGCAAAAAAACAUUCAACAUGAGGGACCCACUGACAGAUUGUUCGUAUAAUAAAGUGUACAAGAACCUAAAGGAGUUUUCUCAGAAUGGAGAGAAUUUCUGCAAGCAGAUCACAUCUAUUCUUCAGCAAAGGGCAAACCUGGAGAUUAGCUAUGCCAAAGGACUUCAGAAACUGGCAAUGAAACUAAGCAAAGCAUUACAGAGCACAAAGAAAAAGUAAUUGUAUCAGUGUCGCCUGGGCCUGGGCCUCGGAGGGCAUGAAAUCCACAGCAGACCUGCAUCAAAAACUUGGCAAAGCAAUUCAGUUGGAAGCAAUAAAACCAACUCAUCAAGUCCUGAGUGUACAGGAGAAGAAGAAAAAAUCACUUGAUAACGAAGUUGAAAAAACAGCAAAUCUUGUCAUUAGCAACUGGAAUCAGCAAAUUAAGGCCAAGAAAAAAUUAAUGGUGAGUACCAAGAAGCACGAAGCACUUUUCCAUCUUGUAGAAAGCUCCAAGCAAUCCGUGACUGAGAAGGAAAAGCAGAAGCUCCUCAAUAAACUGAAAAAAUCAACUGAGAAGUUGGCAAAGGAAGAAGAAAAUUACUACCAAAAAAACAUGGCUGGUUAUUCUACCAGACUGAAGUGGGAAAAUACACUAGAAAACUGCUACCAGAGCAUCCUGGAGCUGGAAAAAGAAAGAAUCCAACUGUUAUGCAAUAACUUAAACCAGUACAACCAGCAUAUUUCUGUUUUUGGUCAAACCUUGACUACAUGCCACACCCAGAUUCACUGUGCCAUCAGCAAGAUAGAUGUCGAGAAAGAUAUUCAGUCUUUAAUAGAAGAAACUGCAAUUUCAUCUACAGAAAAAAAAUCUGAGCUUCUACUCACUGAUUACUUUGAAGAAGAUCCUAACAAUGCAAUGGAUAAAGAGAGACGAAAGUCUUCAAUAAAAUCAAAAUUGUUGAGACUGGAAAAAGAUAUUGAAAAAGCUUCCAGAGACAAAGAAGGCCUGAAACGAAUGCUUAAUGCAUACUCUAGCAACUCCUCCUUCUCUGAUGGAAAGAGCCAGAAAGACACGGCCGCAUUAAUGGAUGAGACCAAUUUGAAGCUAGACCUUUUGCAAGCGAAUGCCUAUAAGCUGUCAUCAGUAUUAGCAGAACUUGAGCAAAGAGCUAAACCCAGACAUCCCUGUAGCACCUGCAUCUUCAAGUGGAAAGAAAAGGAGCAGACACAUAGUUAUGUGCAAACAUCUCGGCCUUUUUUGAUGAAGAGAUUAGAGAAUGUGAUCGAGACUUCUGGCAGGCAAAGCGAACCAAGUUCAUCAUCUUUAGCCUCUGGUGUAGCCCAGCUCGGCAAUGGUCUUUGCAAAGCCAUAUAUUCUUUUCAAGCCAGGCAAGAGGAUGAAUUGAAUUUGGAAAAAGGCGACAUUGUGGCUAUCCAUGAGAAAAAAGGAGAAGGAUGGUGGUUUGGAUCUUUAAACGGAAAGAAAGGCCAUUUUCCUGCUGCAUAUGUGGAGGAGCUACCUUCAAAUACUGGGAAUACAGCUAUGCAAUCAUAAAACAAGACUCUGAACAUACCACCUUGGACACUCUAUAAGCUCUAAAAUGUGGUGCAAGUAAAGAUAAAUUAUAUUAUCUUUUAAAGUUUCUCUUUUUAAAAUGUGUGAUGGGGUUCUGCCCAUAUGUUUCAGCACUGUGCACUCUUGGUUGUCUGCAUGCAAUAGUCAGAAGAUGGAGGGUGAAGGGUGGCAGAGAAGAGGCUCCCUGGUUCCUACAGUUUCAGAAUACUAAGAGACACUGGAAAUGACCCACUACGGCAACUGUAUCACA